GCGCUGUGCCUACUUCGUGCAGAGGAAGAAACGCUUCUGCAAGAUGAUCCCGGGCCCCGGGAGGCGCUUUUGCGGAGAGCACGGGCAGCAGGAGGUAGCGGGCCGUGCCGGGCGGAUCAGCGGGCCUGCUGCCGCUGGGGAGGAGGUGCUGCGGCGGCUGCCCGGAGAGGCAGGCGCCUUUGGGGCCUGGCGGUGCUGAGGCCAUCACUUCAUCCCAGCGGAAGAAAAUGACAGAAAAAGAAUUCCAUGCCCACUUGAUCCAAAACAGUAAGCAUAUGUAAAUGCUUCUUCUAUUCUUUGUCAGACUUCACAUGAUAAAUGCUGUUACUUACUUUUCUUUCUGUUUGGGUUUUAGUACUGUAUAUGAAGACCAACUACAAAAGCAUUUAAAAAAAUGUAAUUCAAGAGAGAAGCCAAAGCCAGUCUACUUUGUUCAAGAUAUUAAUGCAGGUUUAAAAGACGUAGCAGAAAUACCAGAAAAACAAGUACCUAUCUCUUCGCUGUCCAAAGAAGAGCUGGAGAACUUAAUUCUGAAGUUGAAAAAAGCAAGUACUGGCCUGGAACUUUGCCUUAAGGAACAAAUACUGUCCCACCAUGCUGUACAAGAAGCCUUAAAUGACCCAAAGAACGGGGAAUCUGCUUUCAAACACCUGAAGCAGCAGGCUUCUAUUUUAGGUAAUAUGGAAAAAUUACAUUUACUUGGUCCAGGAAGAUGUUUUGUUGAGUUUGGAGCUGGGCGAGGAAAGCUGUCUCACUGGGUUGAUGCUGCAUUACAGAACACUGAAAACAUUCAGUUUUUGCUUGUGGAAAGGGCAACAACAAGAUUCAAAGUGGAUGGAAAACAUAAAAGGAAAGAUUCUGUAUUUGAACGGCUUCAAGUUGAUAUUCAACAUUUAUGUUUAAAUAAGGUACCAGUUUUGGAGAAGAAAAAUCUACCAGUGGUAGGAUUUGGGAAACAUUUGUGUGGUGCUGCAACAGAUCUUGCUUUGAGAUGUUUGGUUGAAAGUUACACAACUUGCUGUGAUGGAGAAAAUGAAGAGCCUGCACCAAAACGCUCUAGGAAUGAUAAGACAGAGGUGGCCUCUAACAAUUCUUCUGAUAAUGAAAGCAACAGAGAAGACUGUAAGCCUGUAGCGGGAAUUGUUAUUGCACUGUGCUGCCAUCACAAGUGUGACUGGACACAUUAUGUAGGCAGAGAGUUUUUUAAAUCAGUAGGACUUGGACCAGUAGAAUUUAAUUAUUUUCAGAGAAUGAGUAGCUGGGCUACUUGUGGCAUGCGAGAAACCACAAGCAAAGCCUCUGCAAGUCAAGAAAGUGAAGAUCAAACUAAUGACAUAGAAGAUCACGAGCAAACACUCAGCAAAACAGAGAGUGGUUCUGAUACUUUACAAGGGGUACUUACUGUUGAAGAACGAAAGGAGAUAGGUUGCCUCUGUAAACUGCUGAUUGAUCAUGGACGGAUUGAAUAUUUGCAACAACGAGGAUACAAGGCUGCACUGCAGUAUUAUACAGAGUCUGCUGUGUCCUUGGAGAAUGUCCUGUUGACAGCUGUCCCAAGUCCAUCUUUGAUACCAGAGUCAGCAACACGUCAGGAGACAGAUUUGGAACUGGCAGGAAAAAGCCUUUAAAAUAUAUCUGCAUUUUUUAAAAAGCUAAUUCAUUUAUUACAAAAAAACCCUGGUUCAGUCUUUUCUGUACCCAGGAAAAGUUCUCAUAUUUCCCAGUUUCACCAGGAAUUACAAAUACGGAAAUCAGUUCUCAUCAGUGGAAAAACAAAAUAAUAAAAUCCCUAAGAAUAUUUGAAACCUGUUGAAGCCUCUUUGCUAGGAAGAAGUAUACUUGAUAUUUUCUUCCAAUCGCAGUUCAUUCUUUAUUCAUUAGAAUUUAUGACAGGAGAAGGACCAGAAGUACAACUUUCCAGAUUUCCUGAAAGACAGUAGGUUAAAAAAAGAUAAAUUAACAUACUUUAUUUUCACCUUGAAUUCCAGGAUAGCUUUCUAUUUCCUCUUAAGAUAUAGAAGUAGGCCUGGGUACUUUCAUCAGCCUUUCCUGCUAGGGGAAUCUGUUAGGGAAGAAAACUUACUUGUAUACUGUCUUCUGAUGUAUUUUUGCUAAUUUGAUCACUCAUGAAAUCCUGAUAAUAAAAAAGCUGGCUUGGUGUUCUAAAUCAAAA